CACUUUGAGGACCGUACUGUAUCAGACGCGGUUCCCCUUCAUAAUCAACGCCACCCUAUUUCGUGUUCCCCGGGUAAUGUGCUUUGAUAUCUCGCAAUUUUCUGAGCGUAUCCUCUAGCUUCCUGCGAACUUGCACACACCCAUGGCACAAGUGAUCGCAAUCUUUCCUCCACCGAUACCAAAUUUGUCUGUUGAAGCGUUGAAGUCCGGUCCGGAGAUACUGCAUGUCCACUCGUGAUCAUCCCAUUGGGCAUUGCGGGUCAACACACAUCUUACGCUAUUCACCUUGCUCGACACAAUCUACGACAGCCUAUCUACCUCCGCCAGUCAUGUCUCUGACCUUACAGCAAGUUGCGGCACACAACAAUGCUAGUUCAUGUUGGGUUAUCAUUGCCAAUAAAGUAUACGACGUUACGGACUUUCUUCCUGACCAUCCAGGAGGCAGAAAAGUAAUCCUCCAAUACGCAGGUCGGGACGCCACAUCCGUCUAUGAACCCCUACAUCCACCAGACGCACUCGAAAAGAACAUUCCACCAGAGAAACAUCUCGGCUCUCUCACUCAAGAUGCACAGAACACUAUCUCGGAGCAGAAUAAGAAGAAGAAGAAAACUGUGGAUGAGGAACGGGUAGAGCGGGCACAACGUGAGAAGCCCAAAAUUGAGAGGAUGUUGAGUCUGCGGGACAUCGAGCAUGUAGCGAGGAAAGUGCUGUCCCACAAAGCACUGGCGUAUUAUUCUUCGGCCACAGAUGACGAGAUUACAUACAACGAGAACGAGAGGGCUUUCUCUCGCUUCUUCUUCAAUGCCCGAGUCCUGCGCGCUGUCUCACGUUGUAACACGUCAACGACUAUCCUUGGAUUCUCCUCGUCUAUCCCUGUAUUUGUAUGUGGCGCAGCACUCGCCAAGCUUGGGCACCCUCUCGGCGAGGCUUGCAUAACUAUCGGUGCUCACAAAACAGGCAUCAUCCAAAUGAUCUCCAGCAACGCUUCCCUGUCUUCCGGCGAGAUAUCUGCAGCAAGACCGUCCCCCUCGCAAGUCCUAUUCUUCCAACUCUACAAGAACAAGGACAACUCAAUCGCAGAGAAACGCGUGAAAGAGAUUGAAUCGCAGGGGUACAAGGCAAUAUUUUUGACGGUUGAUGCUGUUGUGGCGAGUAACAGGGAAAGAGACCUGAGGGCACCAUUCGAGUUGGAGGACAUGGAAAAGGCUGGAUUGCAAGGGACGACUGAGGGCGAGAAGCCGAGGCAGAUAGGGGAUGCCACGGCAGAAGAGGAGCAGAUCCAGGAGGGUAAGGAAACUGAAUUUGGAGGAACGGCGGGUAGUUUGCUGAACAACGAUGAUGUCGAUAUGACUUGGGAGGAGACUAUACCAUGGCUACGCAGUGUUACCAAGUUACCUAUCGUCUUGAAAGGCAUUCAAUGCGUAGAGGAUGCCGUGCGUGCAGCCGAAGCUGGCGUGGACGGUAUCUUGAUAUCUAACCAUGGAGGUCGACAGCUAGAAUAUUCUCUGCCUUCUAUGGAGGUCCUUUAUCGGCUACACAAACAACGACCGGAUAUCUUCUCGAAAAUGGAAGUAUAUCUCGACGGAGGAGUUCGUCGGGGAACAGAUGUUCUCAAGGCUCUUUGCCUAGGCGCCAAAGCAGUGGGCAUGGGCCGUCCUUUCCUUUAUGCUCUGAGCGCGUACGGCGAGGCAGGCGUUGUCAAGACCGUGCACAUACUCGAGCGAGAGCUCGUUGCAGGCAUGAGGUUGCUCGGCGUGUCGAGUUUGCAGGAACUCACUCCUGAGAUGGUUGAGAGGGUGGAUUGGCAACCGGUCAGUGCUAAGCUGUAGGAGGCGACGGGAGGUUUACGUCCGAAGGCUGUAUAUGUAUCACAGUGGAACUGGGCUGCGUAUACUCGUCCUGCUCCGUCAUGUAUCUAUACCGAGACACUCGAAUUCC